AUGGCUAGAAAUGUAAUCCUCGUGCUCGCCGCUCUCCUAGCAACCACGACCCUCUGCCACGGAGCCCGGCCGCUCUUCACAGCGCUACUGACCUUAGAUCCCUAUGCCGCGCAAGCCGUCGUUGCGGCGGGGAACGAUGGGCCGAAGAAUCAAAUGGCAGAGGCAGAUGUGGCCGCUGCUGACAACGAUAACACCGCCAGCGUUGCCGGAGCUACCGAGAUCGUCUCGACUGCCGCUGAUAACGACAACGUCGCAUCAGCUAUCCCUGGGAUGGUUCCAGCUGACGUCGACAGCAACUCCGUCGGAUUCUUGACGGCGUCCGUCUCCCUGCCAGGUUCCGACAACGUCAUCGCCGCGUUGGACGUUCCACGCAGGAAGGGCUCUCUGGUCUCCGUCAUUGACGACCCCACCGACAACACCGCUUCUGUCCGCGCAUCCCCCUCUGGUCCUAUUAUCGUUGACGAUCUGAGCGACAACACCGCGUCUGUUUCGACGACGGCGAUCGUCGACGACCCUACCGAUAACACCGCGUCCGCUGUCGCAUCUGCUGCGACUGUCGUCGACGACACCACAGAUAACACCGCCUCUGUUAGGACCAGCGAUGCGCAGGACGAGGCAACGACGACGGCGUAUGUCUCCCUUCCGGGGUCAGACAACGUGAUUUAUGCGUACCACGUGCCUGCUCGUCGGGAAGGUACGCUGGUCGUCGUGAAGGGCGAGGGUAGUAAUUAA